ACCCUUACUUCGAUAUCCCAAAAUCUUAAUUACAGUUUGAAAACAAAAACCUGAAGCAAAAUCAUGAGCGAGGGAGAUCAGCUAAUUCUUCUGGAUUUGUUUCCAAGUCCUUUUGCAGCAAGAGUGAGAAUAGCCUUGGCAGAGAAAGAACUGCAAUAUGAGUCUAAACAAGAAGAUUUGAGCAACAAAAGCCCUCUUCUUCUCCAAAUGAACCCUGUCCAUAAGCAAAUCCCAGUUCUAAUCCAUAAUGACAAACCCAUUUGCGAGUCAAUGAUUAUAGUUCAAUAUAUCGAUGAGGUCUGGACCCAUAAGUCUCCAUUGUUGCCUUCUCAUCCUUACCAGCGAGCUCAUGCCAGGUUCUGGGCUGAUUAUAUUGAUAAAAAGAUUUACCCUAUUGGAAGGAUGUUGUGGGCAUCUAAAGGUGAAGUGAAAGAAGCUUCAAAGAAAGAGUUGGUUCAGUGCUUUAAAAUCUUGGAAGGAGAGCUUGCAGACAAACCAUAUUUUGGAGGUGAAAGCUUUGGUUACAUAGACUUGGCACUUAUUCCUUUUUCAAACUUUUUUUACAGCUUUGAGACUCUUGGAAAACUUAGCAUGGAAGUGGAGUGCCCUAAGCUCUUGGAAUGGAGCAAAAGAUGCUUACAGAAGGAGACUGUGUCUAAGUCUAUUGCAGACCCAAAGACAGUUUAUGAAACUGUUUUGGGAAUAAGGAAGCAAUUAGGAAUGGAAGAGUAAAUUGAUUUAAGAAAUCAUUAUAGUUAUGGAUGUUGAUAAUUGGAUUGCUUUUAGAUUUCAAAUUUUUAAUCUUGUCGGUAAAAUUUGCAGUCUACUCAUUCAAUUGCCUGUUGAUUGAUUUCUUAGUUUUUAGUUUACCUUUGUAAUAUCUUUGCCUUACGAAUAAGAAAAUGCUAGUAUUGAGAUUUUCUUUUUUUAGU